AUGGCGGACUCCGGUGAACAAGCUCAGGCUGCCGCGAACAAGCGGCCUCACUCUGCUGUCGAGGCCGAGAACAGUGAUGACUCUUCCGACGACGAUUUCGGCCCUGCACUGCCCUCAGAGGUCGCCCCCAAAAAGAAGCGGCGCAAGCUUCCCUUCGAGAAAGUCUACAUCAAUGCGCUACCAGUCUCCGCGCGAUAUUCUAAGUCGCUUAUGCACAAGGACCAAUUGUCGUUUGUGACUGUUGCACCUUAUACGGACUUUGUAAUCACUUCCUCCGUCGAUGGAUAUGUCAAGUUCUGGAAAAAGAUGGCGGAAGGCAUCGAGUUCGUGAAGGAGUUCCUUGCCCACCCAGGCGAGAUUCGGGGUGUAACUGUUAGCGCGGACGGCCGCAGUUUCGCGACAGCGGGACUGGACAAGACAGUGAAGAUCUUUGAUGUUAUUACAUUCGAUCUCUUGGCGAUGUAUACCCUGGACUUCGUACCUCGAUGUAUUUGCUGGGUACACCCGCGUGGUGCCUCGCUCCCCCUGCUAGCCGUGACAGACGAGUCAAGUAAUACGAUUCAAGUAUUCGACGGACGUGGCGAAAAUCCCCAGCCAUUGCACACUUUGAAGUCGAUCCACCGCAGCCCCGUGGUCUCACUCGCAUUCAACAACGCAUUCGACUGCGUCGUCUCCGCCGAUGAAACAGGAAUGAUCGAAUAUUGGAGAGCUGGAGACGGAUCUUUCGAGAAACCUGACAAUGUCUUCGAGUUAAAAUCCUCAACAAAUCUCUUCGCAUUUAAGAAAGCCAAAUCCGUCCCGACAUCCAUCACAAUCUCCCCGACCGGCGAGCACUUCGCCACAGUUUCCUUCCCAGACCGACAAAUCCGAGUAUUCGACUUCGCAACCGGAAAGCUCUACCGCACAUACGACGAAUCAAUAACCACCAUCACGGAGAUGCAGCAAGCGGGAACAGCACCGUACGAACUAGAUGAAGUAGAGUUCGGACGCCGCCUAGGUGUCGAGCGUGAACUCGAAAGCGAAGCCACGCGGAACAAAGUAAACGUUUCGUUCGACGAAUCCGGACACUUCAUCCUGUACGGCUCUCUGUACGGCGUGAAAUGUAUCAACACCUACACAAACCGGGUCGUGCGCGUCUACGGCCGCGAAGAGCCAUUCCGAGCGCUCAACCUCGCAUUGUACCAGGGCCAACCGCAACGCAAAGGCGUCGUCACCGUCUCAAUGGCAGCCAGUAGCAACCCGCUCCUGCAAGAAGCCGAAGAACGCGACCCGAUCCUCCUCUGCACCGGAUUCGCCAAGGUGCGCUUCUACAUGUUCACGAACGAAACCGAGAUCUCGAAAUCCGUCCGCGACGUCCAAAACGAGAAACCAACCCAGGCAGCGGCUGGCACUAGUACGGCAACUACCAAAGCCGCUGAGACCGGCACUGCGGCAAUCCUGCACACGACCUUCGGCGACAUCCACCUGCGCUUAUAUCCCUCGGCUGCGCCACGGGCCGUGGAGAACUUCGUCACACAUGCCCGGAAUGGCUAUUACGAUAACACGAUCUUCCACCGUGUGAUCCGCAAAUUCAUGAUCCAAGGUGGAGACCCACAAGGUGACGGGACGGGAGGUGAGUCUAUCUGGGGCGGGGAAUUCGCCGACGAGUUCUCCGUUCUCAAGCACGAUAAGCCGUAUACGCUGUCGAUGGCCAACGCCGGACCCAAUACAAAUGCUAGUCAGUUCUUCAUUACCACGGAGAAGACGCCGUGGUUGGAUAAUAAGCAUACUGUCUUUGGACGUGCAGUGCAGGGCUUGGAUAUCGUGCAUAAGAUCGAGAAUGUGCGGACGCAUAAGGAGAAACCAGAAGUUGAUAUUAAGAUUGUUAGUAUUAGUAUCUCGUGA